CCGACAGCCCCAUACCCUUUUGCUCCACAGAUCAAACUCCACUAAAGUGUGACAAGCAGAGUCGUACCUUGGCUUGCAUCAUUGCAUGACCCGGGCAAGAAAUAUGCCGCAUACACGGUACACAGUAGAAAUCGAACGGCCAUCCCAUGUGGGUGGUCCUGAUCAUAUCCAUAUCGUGUCUCUCCCCGUCUCGUCGCCCCUUCCCACAUUCCCGGCUUUUCUCCAUCUCGAAGCAUCAAAAGAAAGUCUAUACCUAGAUAGUGAGAAAGCAGGGAAUAUUGUAUGUUAUUCUGCCCUCGACAAUCACCGCAGCUUUACGAAUACAGGCAAGCUCGAAACGGUAGUCGGCAUUGAGAGGGGGCUUUUGUAUUUCGGGGCUGGUAAAAGAUGCCGCCUCGAUCAAAUCCAACAUGUCAAGGGUACUUAUCUAUUCCGUUGUUACAUGAUCGCUUUCUUACUAUUGGGAGUAAAGAGAAUGAGAAACGGCCAUAAUAAGGUCACUGGCUCCGUUCUCAAAUGUUUGAAUGGGAGUAUGGGACGGUCCCUAGGCUUCAGACAGGAACAUGCUUCCGAGAGAGGGAGAGAGAGGACGAGGCUACCUACAUAUGAACUUCCCAUCAACGAACAAUUAGCCAAGACGAGGAACCCGUCACACCCCCUAGACCCAACAUUCCCCCGCUCUCGACUUCACCACACCGGCGUUUUGCAGGCUGCAGCCAAGUUCCCAAGGGGAUUAAAGCGUGUGCCUUCGGCUGGUCACGGUCCAUGGCCAAGCCCGACGUAAAGUAGAAGUGGCGAAGAAGACAUCGCGAUAUGGAUAGAUGAAACCCGGUCGCUACGCAGAUUUUGGGAGCCCAGGAACAUCUGCCGGGCACCGUUCCCAAGUCCGAACACUUGAUUUCCAACCAUGACUACUAGUCGCAUAUUGGGCUAACCCGGAGA